UUUUUUUCUUGUUUAUUUCCUUUCUGGUUUUCUUUUGGAAAUAGCAGGAGUCUGAUUUGCUUAGGGCAGUUUUUAUCACAGUUUACAGUUCUUCCAACACUCACAUAGAAAGUAGGUAGAAUCUUUAAUUAAAACAUCCUUUCUCCUCAGUGUUCAGUAACCCUCGGUGUUGUUAACCAAGCAUUUAACACAGAGUAUUAAAAGUCCGACUCUGACUCAUGUCAGCUUUCACCGUCUAGGAACAUCUUCUGAUGUGGGCUCUCUGUUUUAAUACUGGGUCUCAGAAAGUAGCCAAGACUCAAGUUCCUAAUGUAAAACUAAAACACAGACUUCUCUCUGACCUCUUCAUCCAUGGCAGCGAGAUGAAAAAGGAAAAACGUCUUUAUCCCCCUUUGCUGGACACCUCUAAAUCCAGAGGACAACUGGGCUACUGUUGUUUUGCAUUGUCGCUUUUCCCUCCCAAUAACUACAAUGCAGCUCACUUUUGCCAGCUGCCACCGAUUCAGCCCCGCUAUGUCUGAGCCCAGGGACAGACUCUACAAGAUGUCUCUCGGUUGUCCCUCUGCACCUCGUGUGGUCAGCUCCAUCGCUGCAGGAUAGCUGCCUGGACAGCAGAUGUGUCAGGGGGAUGUGGACACACUUCAAAACGGCUUUUGACAUCCCUGUUCCACUCCCAGAAUGACUCAUGUGUCAGCAGGGCCGGGGGCCGGGGAGGGGGGGGGGCAGAGAUUGAACACGGGGCACACCAUGAGACAGGGAAGGAGCUGAAACAGGUCCUGGCCAGGGGGAUGGCACUAGGGCACCCCAAGCCUUGCUGCCAAACAGCUGAGGGUGCCUGGCACGGUGACCACACGGUGGGGUUAGGAGAUCUGCCUCCAGGCUCUGCCACCAGCGAGGUUUUAUUUCUAAGGGCUCUCUUUUUCACUUUUAAUGGUGGACAUCUCCUUGGGACAGAGCUUGGAUUUUCCUGUUGCUGGCAUUACUGGCUGGCGAGAAGGUUGUUAUGGAAAAUAGCUGAUAGCAAACUGAGCCGCUGCUUUUUCCUUCUGCUCUCUGCCCCAAAGGAACUGUGUUCUGGUGGGAAAUGGCCAGGAUUCAUUUUAAAACAUCAACAGCCAACGUUUUCCAGACUGUUGUUGCUUCCCGAGAUAAACCGCACACAGAUAUACAUGCCUAUCCGGAUAUACAGUUGUGGGUGUGCUUUUCUUUGCAGAGAGGUAUGAUUUAUAUCUACAUACAUAUAUAAUGCUCCCCAUACAGAUCCCCUGUACGGAGCAGAUGUUUUACGCUGAAGUCCCUUCUUGCCCCGCCGCACUCCGCAGCCAGCUGGGGAAGGGGUUGGGGCUCCAUCACCCCUCGGGCGCCUCCUCCUUCAUCAGGGGCAGCCCCCGCGGCGGAGAAGGGGGACAUGCGGAGGGCCGGCAGCACCCCCCGCGCAGGCCGCGCUGCGCUCCCCACGGCGGGCGCGGAACCGGGCGCGCAGGGUGCGCGCCGCGAGGAGCGAACAGCAGAUUGCGGGCAGCCAAUGGUGAGGGCAGGCCGAGGUGGCACCAAAUUUCCUGCAGCCAAUCGGCUCGCGAGGGGGAGGGGAAAAAAAAAAAACCGAGGAAAGAAAAAAAAAAAGAAAAAAAAAGGCAGGCAGGCAUCAUGAGAGAGCCUGGCCCUCGCCAUCCUCCUCUUCCUCAGCAUCCUUUCUCCCGCCCCCCGGCCCGCCCCGCCUCCCCUCCCCGCCUCGCCUCCCCUCCCCUCCCGGGCACGCCGAGAGCCGGGCCCCCGCCGCGACUCGCCGCGCUGACCCCGCGCAUCCCAACCGCGGGCAGGGGGUCACCGGGAGGCCGGGGCGCAGAGAGCCCGGCCCCGCCAGCCGCCAAGCCAGCAGCCCCGCUUAAAUACCUCCGCGCCCGCCUCCCUGAGCCGCACAGCUCGCCGGGCGAGGGGCCGACAAGAGCCAGCCUCCUCCCGCCACCGCCGCCGGGGACCUGCGCGCCCGCGUACCGCCGCCGAGGAGCAGAGACAGGGCGGCCCCAUGCCUGCGCACUUGCUGCAGGAGGAGGAGUUCUCCUCCGCUUCCAGCACCACCGUCGGCACCGUCACCUCCCGGGUGACCAGGAAUGGAGAUGCCGUCACGGAGAAGGACUUCCUCAAUCACGAGGAGCUGGCAGGAGACCGGGGCAUGAUAGACGAUAUCUUUGAUGAGACCUACCGGGAGAAAGAGGGCCCCAAGCCCCCCAUGCGAUACGUCUGGAGGAAUAUCAUCCUCAUGAGCCUGCUGCAUCUAGGGGCCGUAUUCGGGUUGAUGCUGAUACCUUCUGCAAAGAUCCAGACGCUGGCAUGGGCCGUUCUGUGUUUCCUGGUGAGUGCUCUGGGGAUAACAGCUGGAUCUCACCGUCUCUGGAGCCAUCGGUCCUACAAAGCCACGCUGCCCCUGCGGAUCUUCUUGACUAUUGCAAACUCCAUAGCCUUCCAGAAUGAUAUCUAUGAGUGGGUCCGGGACCACCGCGUCCAUCACAAGUUCUCCGAGACAGAUGCAGACCCUCAUAACGCAAUGCGGGGCUUCUUCUUCUCCCACAUCGGCUGGCUGCUGGUGCGCAAGCACCCAGACGUCAUAGAGAAGGGCCAGAAGCUGGACCUGAGUGACAUAAAGGCUGACAAAGUGGUGAUGUUCCAGCGGAGAUACUACAAGCCCUCGGUGGUGUUGCUGUGCUUCACAUUGCCCACUGUAGUGCCCUGGUACUUCUGGGACGAAUCUAUCGUCAUCAGCUUCUUCAUUCCAGCCAUCCUGCGCUACACCAUAGGACUUAAUGCCACUUGGCUCGUGAACAGUGCGGCUCACAUGUUUGGCAACCGGCCAUAUGAUCAGCACAUCAACCCACGGGAGAACCCCCUGGUCAGCCUGGGGGCCCUAGGAGAAGGCUUCCACAACUACCACCACACCUUCCCCUACGACUACUCCACCAGUGAGUUUGGCUGGCGCUUCAACUUAACCACAGCCUUCAUCGACCUCAUGUGCCUCCUGGGGCUGGCCAGCGAUCGCAAGAAGGUCUCCAAGGAGGUCAUCCUGGCUCGGAAAAUGCGGACUGGAGAUGGGAGUCACAAGAGUGGCUGAGUUCCUGCUCCCCUUCGCACACACAUCCACACCUCUCCUUCCUCUUUUUUUCUCCCUUUCUCCCUUCCUGACCCCUCUGAACACGCUGGACAAAGGUUUAAUGUUCUGUUUACUAACUACUGAAUAAUGCUACCAGUUUGCUUAAGAUAAUGAUGAUGAGUUUUAACCCCCCUCCCAUGCUGUAUUUUACGUGAUGUAUUUAAGAUCUAGGACUCUGCCUUUAUAACGCAAGGCUACCCCUUUCCCUCUCUCCUUUUCCCUUCCAUUCUUCCUUUCUAGCCCCCCUUCCCCAUCUCCUGCUUUAUGUCAUCCUGGUCUCUCCUUGGCAGAGGAGCUGGUAGGAAGCAGCCCGGGGAGGCCGAUAGCAGCCGGCUACGUACCAUGGAGUUAAGGGAAGCAUGUACCAGCCAGCUGAAGAGUUGGGCCAAAGUCAGUGACCCUCUCCCCACCACCUUCCCCCCCCCAAAAUUCCUUCCUCUCUCCUUCCUCCUUUCUCAAGGGCUGCUGACAGACGUGGCACGGCUACUGCUCUCCCUGGGUAAAGCAGCCCUAUCCCCAUCCCUUGCCAUCAGAGAGUUGUCUCUUUCCAAGAUGUGUCUUGGGUAGUUUUAUCCCCCCUCCACCCUGCACAGCCUCUCUGGCUGAGGAGAGGAGAGCCCCUAGACUCUCUCAGAGCUCCAGCCAGGUCCACCAAUGGCCGGGAGGGGUCUGGUGGCAGCAGCAGGCACCAGAGGGAGAGCAUCAUUGGCCUUAUUACCUCCUCCCUCUGGCGUCGCAGACUCCCUCCCAGCACCGCCCGUCACACCCCAUGCCACCGCUGCCUGCAGGGACUGAAGGCAGAGCCCAGAGCUUGGCUCUGCGGCCCCUUUGGAGAGCCACAGCGAGGAGGGGGACAGACAGAGGGGUGUGCCUGGGGUGGUUUUGUUCGCUGCUGUCAAGAUUUUUGCCAGCAAACGGGACUUUGCCAAAGUGGAGAGGAGGAGAAGGAUAUAAACCAAAGCUCCACCACUGAGUUAAGCUGCUUUAUGUGCUGGAGGAACAGGGUCCCCGCUGGGUGGCAGGCAGGGUGUCCGUGGGAGCAGGCCACCCCGUCCUUGUGGGCUCUGCUCGGUCAAUUAACAAGUGCCUGAGAAACACCAGUGCGGGGCCAGGCAGCAGAGGGGGCUUGAGGGAGUUGAGACCUCUGAGAUGAGACACUGCCACCAGCGUGGGCCAUGCCCAGGGUCCACAGGGUGGUUUGCAAUUCCCUGCUCCUCUGAGGGACUGGGAGGCACUCCUGAGGGAGUGGGAAGGGGAGGUGAAAGCAGCUCCUUGUUAGUCCCUUAGCUUGCCUCCCAGCCCCCUCAGCAAGCUAUCUUGCCACCUCACUCCUUUGCCAGCACGGCAGGCAGCGAGGGCGGCAAAGCCUGCAGAAAGGUCAGUUAUAUUACUGAGCUGCUGUGGGCAUGCAGCUGGAGGGUGUGCUGGGGAAAAAAGUCCUUGUGGGUGUUGUUUCCUGCAAGUUGCAGACCACAGCUUGAGUUCAGGUGGGUGGGUUAGGUUCUGGGUGUUGUGACCCCGAGCUCCUCACUGGGCUGAACAUGCUUUUUUCCCCCCUUAACUCUCCCCAUUAUUAUUAAUUUUUUUAUUAUUAUUAGUUGUAGCAAUAGUAUUGUUUUUGUUGCUUAAAUGCAUCGAAUAGAGCUGGAGGAAAGCACAAAAGGUGGCCAGAACGAGGUGAUGUUGGAGUGGGGUUUGCAGUGUCUCCCUUAUUCAGGCAGGCCAGGUUGGGCAGAGACAGAGCGGAUGCCAACUUCCUCGCCUCAGCUCUGCCACGUAGCAGCCAGGCAAGCUUCACGGGAGCAAGUCUCUUCAGCUUCUCUUGCUCCUGCUGCUGCAAAACUCACCAGGAGCCAGUACAGCUUUGUGAUGCUCUCCUUACAAAGAGAACGCUUGUUACUUAGAAAAGAAGUCAUCCGCCUCUCCUUUCCCCUCCCUGCCACCACCACUGCCUUUUUACUGUUCAGCAAUGGGACCCUUCAAGGUUUUGAGCCAUCAGGAGUGAUGCAGUCUCCAGUCGAGAGGUACAACAGGGAGGAAUGCAGCAGGGAGCCCUUCAGCUCACGUUGUCAGGAGACAGCGUCCUUACUGCUCUGAGGCUCCUCACUGCCUGGGGGGGGCUGACUGGGGCAAAGGGGCUGUGGCUAGAAUUGUAUCCUACCAUUAAAAAAAAAAGAAGCCCUCAAAAAAGAUAAACAUUGUUAGCUCUGUAAUUGUGGGCUGACAUAGCUCUAGUCUAGACCUUUCUGAACUGAUGGAAGUCUCCAGAGGGAUGAAUUUGCUCCAGCCAGUAAUUUGAAAGGUGUGUGGGGAGGGAAGAAGGUGAGGAGAAUGAUUUCCUUGCUCCUGGUGCCCUUAUUGUGUGACAUACCCUACAGCAGAGAAGCGUGCCAUGACAUGCUGCAGUAUUUCACAUCCUCUCAGCAGAGAAGCAGGGUUUGACAUCAAGGGUUCCUUUCAAAUUUCAAGUGCUGUUUCGGGUCCAGAAUCUGGAAUUAGGAUGGAAGCUGAGGAGCAGUAACCAAACAGUCCUGGUGUUUGCCCAGUCACUUUAAAGGUAGAUUGGCAAAUAUCUCUGGGUGCCUUAAAAAUCUUUCUUUAAUAUACAUAGGAGUAUUGACAGCUAUUUACCAUAUUUUUUUUCUUUUUUUUUUUUUUGCUGAAUUAUGAACAUUCGAGGGGUUUCUUAAUUAUUUAAUUGCCUACAUUGAACUGUGGGUGCAGGUGAUUUUGAAUGUAUUUGAGUUAGAAUUUUUGUUAGAUUAAGAAACAGAUACAACACUUUAAGUAGAACUUUGUUCGAUAUAUAUAUAUACACACACCCCUAUAAAUAUAUAUAUAUUUUUGGUGGCAUGUUUGUAUCCUGGAUGCGUCGUCUGUAUGUUUAGCUUAAAUGAGUCUGUGAGAGGUGGAAGCAGAGAAAGCAGCAGUGGGACCUCGUGGCUAGAGCAGUAGUUCUCCUGGGACCUGUUCCCAGCUUAGCUACUUGCUCACUGUGUGAUUUGGGACAAAGUCACUUAAAAAAACCCACCUCUCAGUGCCUCAGUUUCCCUACCUGUAACGGGGUUACGCCUUGCCUCCCAGGGGUGGGGUGAGGCUCACUGCCAACCAGCCCAGCAUGGAGGAGGGAUGCGUAUGUACCACACGCACACCACUGCUGGCAGAAGCAGGGACUGGUUUGUUUUCCAAAACCGUUCCCAGCCCCGCUGGUAUUGUGAAGAGCAGAGGUUUGUGUUGGGUGUUCAGGGAAGGACUGGAAAGUUGAAUCUGCACAUUGUCUAAGCUCUGUCACUGUUGAAAUGUGAGUAGGAUACGAUUUAUUUCACAGCUUAGGGAUUUCUGCAUAGUAGUAUCUCUGUUUUGUGUACUGGAAAAGAAAAAAACUUUUUGAAAUAAUUUCUACUAAUAUGGAAACAGACAUCUGGUUGUGCUGAUCUGAAAUUUUAUUUGUUCAUAAUAAAAAUGUUACUUUAAAA